AAUCAAUAAUAGACACAUGUAAGAGGAUAUCCUCGCCAUUGACCACACAGCGAAGGCAACGCAAUAUGGCCUCCACAACAACAACAACAACAACAGCAACAAACGGGACGGGGCAGCCAACUUUGCCAUUGUUAUUAUUGUUGCUGCACGAAAGUGGCCACUAGAUUGUAUCCCUUCCUCAAGCAUGUCAGACAGAUACGCCGCCAGCUACUACGAGCAGGCCCAGGCCCAGGCUCAGGCUCAGGCAGCCAUGUCGCACUAUGCACCGCCCGGCUAUCGCAGUGGCUAUGGCGGCGCCUAUAAUCCCUAUGGCUAUGGCUAUGGCAGUCCCGGCGCUGGCUCCUAUAUGCCCAGCUAUUAUCGGUAUGCGCCGUAUGCCUCGCCGCAUUAUAGUCAGCCGCCGUCGCAUCAUCAGCAUGCGGGCAUGUUCACGGCCGCUGGCCAGCAGCUGAUACCCUCCAGUGUGCUACACUAUCCGCCACGCCCACAUCCGCACAUGCAACACGCCUAUCAGCCACAGCAGCCGAGCAGCAGCGGUGGCUAUGAGCAGCCCGCGCCUGCGCUCUACAGUGCUUCCGGCUAUGGACAGGCACGUGGCUUUGCUGCCUAUCAGCCAGCCACGCCCACACACUAUACACCGCCCGGACGCUCCACAACGCCGGCGCCCAAUCGCACAGUGCUGCCACCCAAUUAUCUGGAACCCUUGCGCAGCUAUACGGAGCAGCAUCAGCAGCAACUGGCGGCGGCAGCGCAGCCAAAGCUGGAGGAGACGCUGCCAGAGCAACAGAUCAAGCUGGAGCACGAAGCGGAGGCCACAUCGCCUUCGCAGCGGCUGACCACAUCGCCGCCAAUGAUCAGUGCCACCGGCACGGACAGCGGCAUCAGCAAUUGCAGCACACGCGCCCGCAGCGACAGCAGCCAGAGCACGCCCGUCUACAGUGGCGAGUAUCCCGUUAAUAUGUCUGUGGAGUCAGCGUCCUGUGUCUCGUAUCACUGUUCCGCCGAUGGCAGGGACUACGAGGAGGAGCAACAACAACAGCAGCAGCAGCAGCAGCAACAGCAGCAGCAGCAGCAACAGCAGGAGGAGCACAAGGCAACGGCUGUUGCCACGCCCCCCAUAAUGCCCGAAAAUGAAAAAAAAAAAACAAAGAAAGAAGCAAUCUUUAUUGAUUUUCUUUUAACACACGUUGCCUGCCUGGGCGCCUUUUUGCUUGCUAAUUUUCCAGAUGACAUAAGCGCGACGGCAGCGACGUCGACGUCGAUGUCGAUGUCAGCGUCGCCGCGAACAGCAACGCCUAUUGUGAAUGACAUUGAUAAGGCGGCGAGCGCCGAGCAGCCGGAAGUUGUGAGGCGUGCGGAAAUCAAUUUGACGAAGCCCAACAAGCAGGCGACAACAACGCCACAGGAUAUUGCCGAGCAGCAGCCAGCAACUAAUCAAAUCAACGAGGAUGCAGCUGGGCAACACCAACACCAACAGCAGCAGCAGCAGGCGGUAACAGCAACAGCAGCAGCAGCAACAACUCACAGCUGGAGUCCAACGUUGCGUCGCCCGCGCACACCGCCCGCGCCGCAGAACUCGCCUGUGGGCUACGGACUGUCAGCAAGCACUGUGCCACCUGCGCUGGCGCCACUGCUGCAGCAGCAGCAGCAGCAGCAGCAACAGCAGCAGCAGCCAGUCAGCAGCAAACGAAAUGCGACGCACAAAAAUCGCAGCAGCAGCAACCACAACAACAACAACCAGAACAACAACAACAACAAUCGCAUCAUCGAAUGCGAUCUCAUUCCGAGCAAGAAAUCAAAACGCAAAGCGAGCAAAAGGGAAACGGAAACUGAGAAUGUGGAAGCAACGGAAUCCACGGUGCGGGAGCAAAUAAGGGACAUCAAGCCUUUGCCUGGCUUCCAGCAGGCGUUUGGCUCCACCGAAAUAGGCCGCUUCUCCGAGCGGUUUCUGCAAACGCCCGAGAGUCUCGUCGAGCGGCUGGCCGAGGAGUAUGCCACAAACGGCAGCGGCAGCGGCAGCGGCGGCCAUGGUGCCUAUUACUAUGAUGCCACAAAUGCGGCGGGUGGCAUGCAACACUACUGGCCGUACGAGGAGCAACAAGGCUACGGCUACCCGAGCCAGCUGCAGAUGUCGCGUGGUCGUAUGCGUGGCCAGCUGUAUCCGUAUCCGGACUACGCGGCGUAUGAGCGUUACGGCUAUGCGGCCUACAGUGCGAGCAGAACGCGCUACGGCGAAAUACGCUGCAAUGGCUACUAGUCAAAGCCACACACACACACACACACACACAUGCAUAGUUAUAUAGUCGUUAGAUAUAUGUAUAUGUAGCUGUGUCCUAGUCGUUUGUCAUUUAAAAUUCUCUCUGUGUGUGCCUUUUUCGGUCAAAAUACGGCAAUGCCCGCCACAGAUGUAGAGUAUUUAUUGCGGGCAUUGCUGGCGUUGAUUGCGUGCAAAAUUCAUUUUAAAAAACCAAAACAGGCCAAAUUGUAAAAUAUAACUAAACUUAAGUAGUUGAAUGUUUUAAAACGAACAAUUGUGCGCGCCUGUUGACAACUUUGUCCCACUGUACAUACACCGUAGAGCAAUGCAUUUCGUUGAUACUCUUCCUACCCUUUACUUCUACUCGUGUGUUAGGGUAUUCAUAAAUUCGUUUUGCAAACCUUAAGUUGUCGGUUUUUUUCUAGCCUAGGCCCAAGUUAUAAUUAGUAAAAGAUGUGCCAUUGAAAAGGAUGACUUUAAUGCGAGUACACUUUUUAUAGGGUAUUUACGUUUUAGUUAAUUAUAUACAAGAGAUUAGAACAUUACUAAGGUAAGUUUAGAUCGAUCGGCAUACCAAAGCGAAGCACUUAAAGCUUACACUCUAUAAAAUAACCACCGUGCACUUUUUUUUGUACUUGUCCAAAUUCUAAUUUCUAACAAUUAAUGCAAUUAUUGAUUUUCGAGUUCAUUUCGAUUUAAGUGCCUUAAUUUAGUUUCACGAAAAAAAAAAUGCAAACUACUAUAUUAAUGAGAUUUGUAAAAAUUCCAUCAGUUUUAUGUGUAACAACCAGUUCAGGUUUCAAAAGGGCCCAAAAAAUAAACAAAAACCAAACGAAACGAAAUUUUAAGAAAAAAAGCACAACCAAAACUCCAAGAAACACACAUCGAUGAACAUUCAAAAAUGUUUUUUAGUCAAAGCAUAGAAAAGCCAUUGCAAACGAAAAAAAAAAAUACAAUUAGUUGUUAAUUAAACAAAUUAAAUUAAUCACAAGCAAAGAAACAAAACAAAAAAAACUACUUCGUAGUGUUGACAUUUUAUGAUCAAAUAUUUUCAAAGUUAA